AUUUUCCUGCGCUGCGUCUCAUCAAACCCCACCCCUCUUGUGUGGGUAGGUGCUCUCUAUUCUUCUGUUCUCUUCACUGUCUUCUUCCCUUCUCAGCUUCCCCAAACCCUUCUUAUUCAAAUUUCUCAGCACCUUCUAGAUUCUUCCGCCGAUCCUUCUCCAUAACCGUUAUCGCCGGCUACCACCCACUACCUUCCUCCGCCACUUAUCUAGCCACGCUCGCUUGCGGAUUCUUGCACGGGUGUUUAUGCACGCGAAUCGGAUUUGUAUGAACUCAAUCGAUGGGGCACAAAAAGCGAAACCCUGCGCCGCGCACGAAACAACCCGCGGCGGCUUCUCCGGCGGUGCAAUCCGGCGUCGGCGGAGCCGCCAACGGUGCCACCUCGCCGGACGCUGAUGUUAGCAUUGUUUCCGAUCACAAACCACAUAACCCUAGCAAGAUCGAAUUGGCUCCGCCUCUAUCCGAGGGUUCUGAGUACUCCACAAUCAAGCUCGAAUGCGAGCGCGCUCUCACGACGCUCCGCCGAGGGAACCACAACAAGGCAAUGAAGCUGUUGCGGGAGAUUUGCGCCAGAGAGGAGGGUUCGCCUCACUCCGCGUUCGUCCACCGAGUUCACAGUCUCAUGUGUUUCAAAACGGCGACGGUUAUCACCGACCCUAGUUCGAAGCAGCGGCAUUUGAAGAACGCGCUCGAGUCAGCGCGCCGCGCGGUGGAGCUUAUGCCGAAUUCUGUUGAGUACUCGCAUUUCCGUGCCACGGUAAUGUUGGAGGCGGCAACUGAAGGUAAGGAUUACGAGGAUGUGGUGCAUGAGUGCGAGAGGGGGCUGGCCAUCGAGAACCCCAGUGAUCCUGCCAAGGAGACGUUGCAGGAUGAGAGCGAGCAGAAAGCAUCAUCUACUGAGGAGCGUAUUGCGCAUGUGCAGAAUGAGUUGAGACAGCUUAUUCAGAAGUCGAAUAUAGCUUCCUUGUCGUCUUGGAUGAAGAAUUUGAGUAACGGGGAGGAGAGAUUUCGAUUGAUUCCGAUAAGGAGGACCCCAGAGGACCCGAUGGAGGUUAGGCUGGUUCAAACUAGAAGGCCUAAUGAAAUCAAGAAGGUGACCAAGACGCCCGAAGAAAGACGGAAGGAAAUUGAAGUGCGAGUGGCUGCUGCCAGGCUUUUGCAGCAGAAGUCAGAGGCACCACAAUCUCCGAAUGAAGGAGAUAGGGAUGACAGACCGUUGGAUUCAUCUGGAGGAUCUGGUCAGAGGAUUGGUGAUAGGAGAAGGCAUGGAAAUGUGAAAAAGAGUGGCUUUACAGCGGAAAGGAUGAAAUGGGUACAUUCUUAUUGGAAUUCGGUUAGCAUGGAUAGGAAGAAGGACUUUCUUAGGGUUAAAAUUUGUGAUCUUAAGUCGCACUAUGGGUCUUCGAAGGAUACUUUGCCGAAUGAUAUCUUGUCAGAGGCUUUGUCUUAUGCCGAGGCCAAUAAAACUUGGAAAUUUUGGGCUUGCUGCAACUGUGAAGAGAAACAUUCCAACCCGGAUUCUCACAGGCAUCAUGUUGUGCAAGAGCAUAUGGGGAGUCUGUCGCCACAGAUGCAGAGACUUCUGCCCCACAAUGUGGAUAGUGAAUGGAUUGAGAUGAUUCUUAAUUGUUCUUGGAAGCCCCUGGAUGUCUUAGCUGCAGUUAGAGUGCUUGAUAAUAAAGCAAGGUUCAAAAGUCCAUCACUUCCUGAGGAUUUGUACUUGGAUCAUCAUACUCUGGACUAUAAUGUUUGUUUUAAAGAAGCAAGCAGCUCUUACAUUGAGAAGGAAAGUUCAGGGGACACUCUUCGUAAUUGUUUGGAAGAAUGCAAUAACAAUUGUAAAAUUAUAGAAAAUGAUGUAAGAGAAGGUGUUGAAGACCAACUGUCUGUGGUUGAUCGCAUUAUUGAUUGUUGGCCAGUAUCUGAUGAUCCUGAGCGUGCAAAACUUCUGGGGAAAAUCCAUGCCAUGUUUGAGACUCUUAUUAGGCAUAAAUGUCUUGCUGCUAGUCAUCUGAACAAGGUCAUACAAUUUACUAUGGGUGAGAUACAGGGUCUCGCUGCUGGUUCGCAACUUCUAAAUCAUGGCGUGGACCAAACACCAAUGUGCAUAUGCUUUCUAGGACCUUCACAGCUUAAGACAAUUUUCCAAUUUCUGCAGGAAAUAUCUCACGCAUGUGGGUUGGCCAGACAUGCUGAUAAAGGUAGUAGUCCCACAAAUGAUUCACUGAAUAUCACUCAGGGUCCCGAGAUUAAAGACAAGAUUGUACUCGAUGGAGAUGCAUCACGACUCCUACUGGAUGAGUGUUUACUGCAAACACAAGUCACUGCUGGUACAAAUCAGGGGUCUGUCUUGGAUGAUGUGACCACCCCAAGGUCUCCAGAUGGAAUUUCAUGCUAUAACAAUGCUUUGCUAUCCUGGAUAUUUUCAAGUUCCCCUAUUGGAGAUCAAGUGACAUCAUGGCUGCGGAUCAGAGAAGAUAAAAUAAAUAAAGGGAAGGAAAUUGUCCAGAUGCUUGAGAAAGAGUUUUAUCACCUACAGGGACUGUGUGAGAAAAAGGGUGAGCGUUUAAGUUAUGAGGAAGCACUGCAAACAGUAGAGGAUCUAUGUCUUGAAGAAGGUAAGAAGAGGGAAACUCUUGGGGAAUUUGUUCAGCGAAGCUAUGAAUCUGUCUUAAGAAAAAGAAGAGAAGAGCUCAUUGAGAGUGAGAAUGAUAUGAUGUAUGUCAGCAAUAGGUUUGAGUUGGAUGCUAUAUCAAAUGUUUUGCAAGAAGCAGAAGCAAGGAAUGUUAAUCAAUUUGGUUACAAGGAAGCUUAUGCUGGUGUGACUUCUCAAUUAUGUGACUUGGAAUCUGGUGAAGAAGAUGAAUGGAGAAUGAAGGACUACUUGCGUCAAAUGGAUGGCUGCAUAGAAAAUGCUAUUCAGAAACUGAAGGAGCAUUUAUCUAUAGAGCUUAGCAAAAUUGAUGCCCGAAUAAUUAGGAGUGUCACAGAGAUGCAGCAAUUGGAAUUCAAGCUUGGGCCUAUUUCUGCUAAUGAUUAUCGAGCAAUAUUAGUGCCUCUAGUGAAGUCGUACCUGAGGGCACUUUUGGAAGAUUUGGCCGAGAAAGAUGCAAGAGAGAAGUCUGAUGCUGCUAGUGAAGCAUUUUUGGCUGAACUUGCUCUAGAUUCCAAGAAGACUGUUAAAAGCGGAAGUGAGAACACAAAACAUGUCGAGAAAACAAAAGAUAGGAAGAAGAAUAAAGAUCACAGAAAAGCAAGAGAUUUGAAGGCCUCGGGUGAUCAUGUGCAAUUCUCAGUGGGAUCUACAAUUCCUGAUUCCAAUCUUGUUGCACCUGAAAGUGACUUCCUAGAUCAUGAGGUUGUUUCUAUGAAUGAUGAUGACUUGGAACAACUCGAAGAGGAAUUUAGACGUAAAAUUGAGCUAGAAGAGGAGGAAAAAAAGCUUGAAGAAACUUUGGAGUUCCAGCGAAGGAUAGAAAAUGAAGCCAAACAGAGGCAUCUUGCAGAGCAACAAAAAAGGUCAUCUGGGUUGUACUUAGAAGUGGAAGAUCUUCAAGAUUUUCUGACAAAGGAAGAUAUGGGUUCCCCAGAUUCAUACAAACAUGACCAGUUGGUACAGGAUAAUGGAUCCCGAAGUAGUCUGGAUGGUGUGCUUAUGCCCACAGCAAACGGUUCCAUUUAUUUGCAUCAGUCAAAAGUUAAACAAGCAGAUUUGCCUAAUGGAGUUAUUCGAGAGAAUGGUCUACCUGUGGCUGAUCGGCGCACUGGAAAAAAACAUAAACGGAGGAAUUCCUCCAGACCAGUCGAUGGAAAGAUUGAAUCUUUUUCAUCAGAAAAAGAGAGUACUGAGGAUACACAUCCUGAGUCUCACUUAAGAGAGAAAUUUAAAUUUAGUAACAGUCAAGUCAAUAAUAAUGUGUGGAAAAACAACGGAUCAAAUGCGAAGAGAGAGUUGCCUGUUGAAGAUGCGGAGGAGGAAAGAUUCCAGGCUGAUCUUGAAAUUGCUGUACGCCAAAGCCUGGACACGUUUCAAGCUCGGGGAAAUUUGCCUUUGGCUUCCAGUUUAAGGAUGUCCCAGAGAGCUUCUUCAGUGGUAGAUAGUGUUGAUUGCCGGCCUGGAGAAGACCCAACGGAUAAUUUGGAUGGAGCUACUUUGCUUGGUACUGGACUGAAGAAUGAAGUGGGUGAAUAUAAUUGUUUUCUCAAUGUUAUUAUACAGUCAUUGUGGCAUUUAAGACGCUUUCGAGUAGAAUUUCUUGGCAGAUCAAGAACAGAGCAUGAUCAUGUGGGCAAUCCUUGCGUUGUCUGUGCAUUGUACGAAAUCUUUACUGCACUGGACAUUGCAUCAAAGGAUUCAAGGAGAGAAGCAGUUGCACCUACAUCCCUGCGGAUAGCUCUAAGUAAUCUGUAUCCUCACAGUAGUUUCUUCCAGGAGGCUCAGAUGAAUGAUGCUUCUGAGGUACUGGCAGUGAUAUUUGACUGCCUUCAUCGGUCAUUUACUCGUGGUUCAAGUGUUUCUGAUGCAGAAUCAGCUGAAAGUAACUGCAUGGGAUCCUGGGAUUGUGCAAAUGAUAGUUGUAUAGCACACUCACUUUUUGGAAUGAACAUUUUUGAACAAAUGAACUGCUAUCACUGUGGUCUUGAAUCCAGACAUAUGAAAUAUACUUCCUUCUUUCACAAUAUAAAUGCCAGUGCCCUACGCGAUAUGAAGGAAAAGUCUUCUGCAAGUUUCUUUGAUAAUCUUUUGAAUCUUGUGGAGAUGAACCAUCAGUUGGCUUGCGACCCAGAAGCUGAUGGUUGUGGCAAGCUGAACCACAUCCAUCACUUUCUCUCAACUCCACCCCAUGUUUUUAUGACAGUACUAGGUUGGCAAAAUACAUGUGAGAGUGCUGAUGAUAUAGCAGCAACUCUGGCUGCCCUGAGCACCACAAUCAAUAUCAGUGCCCUUUAUGGUGGUUUAAAUCUCGAAUGCACCCAUAACUUGGUGUCAGUGGUUUGCUACUAUGGUCAGCACUACCAUUGCUUUGCUUAUAGUUAUGACCAUGAACAAUGGAUUAUGUAUGAUGAUAAGACUGUCAAGGUAAUUGGUGGAUGGGCGGAUGUUGUUACAAUGUGUGAAAGAGGGCAUCUACAACCUCAGGUUCUUUUCUUUGAAGCUGUAAACUAAACUUUUGGUGGAAAUGAUAAAAGAUCAUUUGCUGGACUGAAGAGUGUUGAGUUUGGCAUCCUAUUGGUUUCUGGUGUGGCCUUGUUUAUGCAGAUGCAUUACAUUUCUGCAUAACAGUAAAGUGAUUUAGGCAAAUAAAUUUGCAAAGUUGCAGUGAUGUCACUAGUUUUGUCUCUGAUGGGAUGUAUAGCAUUUUAAAAUUUAUGAUACAAUUUAGUUUAGAUAGAAGCAGGUUCUGGUGGGGGAGAGUGACGACAAAUGCAUUUAGUGUAACAGAAUGACGUAGAAGAACCCAGAGAGUGGUGUUUUGAUACCGAACACAUUUGGUUCGUUUUGAGGAUAUCAGAUUCAUUCCUUGUAUCCUACCAAUAAGAAGGUUUUGGUAUUUGCUAGAUGAACUACAAUUUGUGGAGGUUGGCCAGUAAUGUAUGAGAAGAUCCUAGGAUGUUUUAUGAUGGAAAUAAUUACCCAUUAUUAUCGGGAACAUAUAACACAUGUACGAGGGGAGUUUAUUCACUAGUCGUCGAAGAAAUUUCCCUCCCACCCCCUCCCUCAAAACAGAAAAAGGGAUAUAUGUAUAGUUCUUAUACAAUUAGAUUUGUCAAAAUGUCAGCUUCUUGUCACUUAAGCUGUAAAAGGAGUGCCGUUUCCUGGUCUACUAUUCUCCCUUUCAAGAUACAUUGUGUUGGAACGAGCUGCAUGGCAGAUUUUGUGCAACAGUAAAUUGAGGAGCUUCUAUACUUUGGAUCCACAACACUGUACUCUAUUUUUGUUUACUUCCGCUUGGGUGUGGGAUGGGGAUCCGUAAGUUGAGUACGAUUGAAGGUGAUUAACUAUCAAUUUCUAGUUGCAGAUGUUAACUGUAGUCUUGAGUGAGGAAAAAGCUGAGAGGUUUUGGCACAAUUUUGCCCCACACUUUUUCGGAAUAGCGUCAUGUGAGAUGGAUUAUUAUUAUAUACCCCAUUGUUCUAUAUACAUUAGUGCAAAGUAUUGUGCGGUUUAACAUCUAGAAUUGUAGUCGUGUUCCUUCAUUCUGUCAGAUUAUUUUGAACUCAGUGCAAACAUUUAAGCUAAAUUACAAAUGUAUAAAGACACUUUUUUGAGA